AUGACAAAAAAAAUAGCCUAUACACAAAGCCCUCUUAAGGUGGACCGGUAUGUAUGGAGAAAGGGGACACGAUAAGACCAGAGUAAUUUUAUCGUCCAGAAAUCCUGAUCGUACGGUGUUACGUGAGCAAAAUGAUAUGGACCUCUUGAUAAUUGGGUUUCUAAUAGCAAUCUUCGAUGUCUGUGCAGCUGAGGUUUGUGGGCCUGCUGAGUACAAGAAUAAUGGCGGCGAGUGUUGCCCAAUGUGUGGGAAAGGAUAUGUUGUUCGUAGAGAUUGCACAGAGAUGUCCAGUACCACAUGCAUACCUUGCGUUGGAGACACAUACAUGAGUGAACCUAAUGGCUUAAGUAAAUGUUUUAAGUGCAAAUCCUGUGACAUGAAUCAAGGUCUGUAUAUACAGCAGAAGUGCACAACAUUUACUGAUGCUGUGUGUGCCGUGCUUUCUGGAUAUUACUGUGAGAGUUACACAGAGGACAAUGAGUGCACGUUUGGAGUGAAACAUGCAGUGUGUUCUCCAGGUCAAGGUGUUAAAAGUCCAGGAACAUACAACAAAGAUACUGUGUGUGAGGACUGCAAAGAUGGCUACUUUUCCAUAUAUGGAAUAAAUUGCACAGAACAUACCAACUGUGUUUUUCAUGGUAAAGAGCUAGAGGAAAAAGGAAGUCCUACCAAAGACAAUAAGUGUAGGAAUACUCCGAGAAGAAGAGUUUUGCUGAUCGUGCCUAUAGUAUUUUUAGUUUUUGCUAUCCUUUUUCUACUGCGGAAGCAACUAUAUAAUAUUUGGAAAGUUGCUCAAACAAGGAACACAGCAGUAGAAUCAACAACAGUUGAACAGCAACAAGUCUUGUCCUUGCCAACGCAGAUGAUACCUGUACAGGAAUCGGGUGAAUGUCCAGACCCACCCCGAGACCUACCAGUAGAAGAUGAAGAUAGGAGUAUGGAAGGACUUUCACCACAGAGAAGAAUGCCUUCAUCACUGUCAUAAGAUGAUGAACUGGUUGAUGGACCAAGCAAAUGAACUCAAUGAGGUCUUUAUUCUGGACUGUAGAAUAAACUCAUGGAGCCACUUCUUCAUGAGGUGUGGGUGAGACGGGGUGUGAAAAACAGCAUGAACAUCAUGCUGAGUCUAUAAUGCCUAUGUCACACCUUUUUUAACAAGCUGUUGCCAUGUAGAAACUACAUCUAAUACCAAUUAACAACCACUAAUCCGCCUCCUUCCUAACUCUGUCUUUACACUUUGCAGUUGGUAACCUGAAUUUUAAUUCAGUAUCAAACCACCUAAAUUCCACUAUUCUAUUAGACUCGGUGGAAUGCAUAUAUGACGAACCAAAAACCAAAACAUAGCCUAUAACAUAGGUGGGGCCAACAUUUUAUUACUCCAUGUGACAGGAAAUUACAAAAGUGGUAACUUUUUAAGGCUUGUAUGUGACUUGCAAUGGCAUCAUCCAUACAUCCAUCCAUCAUACAUUGUCCCUUAACUCCGCCUGGUGAGACAAUGCCUAGCCGGUCCCAAGCCCGGAGUAAGGAGGAGGGUGGGGCAGAUGAACUGCAGGACAUCAGAUCAACUUUCUCUUGGAGUAAAGACUUGGCCAAGACAAUAUGAACAGAGCUGAAUAGUGAGAUUAAAGGUCAUUGAUCUCAUGACCAUGGCAAAAAGUUGGUGCAUCAUCAAAUGCAUCCCACUCUCCCGUACUCCUGAAGCAACAUUGUUGUUGGACUAGAAUGCCGUGAAGGAGGAAAUAUGGACGGACAGACAAAGAGACCAAGGAGCUGAUGAAGUGGAUGGUUUGGAAUAGAUUUCCAGUUGCAUAAAUAACUCUUUAUCUGGUUUGAUGGCAUAUUGGACAAGGAUUUUUCCAGAACAUCCAGUUGGUAAAUGGAAAAUGGAAGUAAAAGUAAAAGUACUUACUAUUGAAACUUGCAUAAGCGCAUCAUUUGAAGACAAUAUAUCUGUGUACAUGCUUCUGUGUAGUUUAAAUCAUUAAUGGACUUGUCAUACCAUGCAUUUUCCACCAAACAUUAAAUGUAAUUAUUGUUUAAAAGUAAAAUGUAAGGACUGUUUCAAAUCUGACUGUUAUUAACUUUAACUUCAAAACUUAAAAUGACCUUUCCUGUUGUCUC